UUCCAGCAAACAAUUUUCAAGGGCUGUUUUUGGCUACAAGCUAAUCCUCUCUCGGCUGAUUUCAUAUUUGAAACAUUCUUAGGUCUCCAAUUUCGCCGGAGGUGUGCACGGACAUCAAGCGAUCGUUUCUUUCUUGCCGCUAGUCACUACGGUGGAUCAUGGAGCUCUUCGCUGGUCGACCUGAACAACGCCAUUUGCUGCUUACUCAGCAUCAGUGAUCCGCGCGCAUGCGCCAGGCAGGGGCGUUGUCCAAUGUGCUUGCGAACGUAUUCUACCGGGCGAGUUGGCAGACCUGCAGAGGAACUGUCAGCCUCCAGUACCUUCUGUAAGUAAGUGUGCACAUUUCCAACUGGCUAUCUUGCUGUUGAUAUGCACGAAGAGCAACUUGCCAGAGUCUGCGCGGUGUUACGCGAGCCUUGCGGGGCACUCAGUCAAAUGGGCCUUC